GUGGGGGCAAGCAACAGUGGGGGAGAUGUGGGGAUAGGAAAGUGUGCACCAGCGUCAGCACCAGCGUUAGCAGCAGCAGCAUUGUCUUCAGUGUCCGCUGCAGCAUACUCCAUCCAGUCGUCUGGGCUGCUAGCACAGCACAUGCAGCGACAGCAGCGGCGGCAGCAGCAGAUGGAGCUGAUGGGGCAGAUGGGGCACGUGGGGCAGAUGGGGCAGAUGGGGCAGGAGCACAUGGGUGGAGUGCAGGGGAAGAGGCACAUGGCGGAAGGGGUGCACGCGGCUGGCAAGUACAGAGCGUUGGGGGACACUGGAGGGUGGGGUUGUGAGGAGGACAAGGGGCAGUCCAAGGAGAAAUCUCUUCUUGAGGCGCAGCUGGAGGAGCUCAUGAGCGAGGCCCACAGCACCUCUGCCCACGCUCUCUCCUGUGCCCCCUCCACGGCGCCUGCCCCACACGUGCUCUCCUCCGCUGCCAUCUCGCUGCUGCUCAACAACGCCCUCGCGCCCCUGCCUGGGCCUGCCACCACACCUUCGUCCCAGGCCCCCACCAUGCACGGGGCCACUGUGCCACCAGCACAGGGGGGCCGCCCGUGACUCGUGACUGCCAUUUGCAGUCGCCGCAGGGACAUGCAGCAGCAACAUCCCUGAGAGUGCCGCACGCGCUUUCCUUCUGCAGCGAAGGAGUGAAGGGGCUGGACACACACGAGCUAAGAUGUUUUGAAGCAUGGUGGCAAGGCAAGGCAUGGCCGCUGCUACCGAGGGCUUUUGCACAUGCAAAGUGAGCAUGGCUGCUACAUUGCAGCAGGUUGUGUAUUUAUUCGAUUGUUGAGAGGCAGCCAUGGUAUUUAUUCUGUGCUGCGCACCGGCUGUGUUGCUCCAGAUGACACGGAUGAGAAAACGUGAGCCACUGAUUGCAGGGGGCGAUGAGUUGAUGCGACAAGAGCACUUUGUUUGUUACAUGUUUGUCAAGUAAUGAGUGUCAACUUAUACAUAUUAGCUAUGUAAAAGUUAU